AUGCCUCUUCAGCCGGGACCCCAGGAUGGACACAGAGCAGAUCUAAACUUCAUGUGCAGUGUGUGCAACAGCCCAGCUGGACUCACAGCCCAAGAGAUCCAGGCUCCAGAAACAGAGGAAUUUCAGGCUUCAGGAUUUCAGAAGCCAAAUUCCAUCUGGCCUAGUCUGCCUGGCUCACGGAAGGAGGUGGAACAGCUGUGCGCACAUCUGCCAGAGGAGCUCUUUAAAGAGCAGAGAGGAUGCUAUUUUCCUACCAGCAGUAGCAGCAGCAGGAUAAGAAAACUGAAGUUCACAGAAGUAAAAGUGACUUGUCCAAGACCUCACAGCUGUCAAGUAGAGAAACUGGGAUUUGGACGCAGGUCUGUCUGACUCCAGACACCGUGAUCUUAACCAUCGAGGCAGAGUUUCUACCUUUUAGGAAUUUCCAAAUAGAGGGGACAACCUCAGGACCUAAACAAUGCAGAAACACAGUCAAAAAUACAAAGAGCUAGGGAGUGACGCCUAUAUUGUGCUGUGAGGGUUAAUAUCGCUUCCUGUCAAAGGACAAUCUAA